AAUCCAUCACCAAACGACAAGUCGCCGCCAACCAGUCGCCCAAUCAGUCAAAAUGGCCCCCCAGAAGAAGAGCAAGAAGGAUGCCAACAGCAUCAACUCCAAGUUGGCGCUUGUUAUGAAGUCCGGAAAGGUCACUCUUGGUUACAAGUCUACCCUCAAGAGCCUCCGAUCCGGCAAGGCCAAGCUCAUCAUCAUUGCUGGAAACACUCCUCCUCUCCGCAAGUCUGAGCUUGAGUACUACAGCAUGUUGUCCAAGGCCCCCAUCCACCACUUCUCUGGCAACAACAUCGAGCUCGGUACCGCAUGCGGUAAGCUCUUCCGAUGCUCCACCAUGGCCAUUCUCGACGCUGGUGACUCCGACAUCCUCAGCGACCAGCAGGCUUAAAUGUCUCGUUGAUAGAGAAUGUUUUUCAAGGCGUUUCGGGGUAAAAUGGGUCUAGGGCAUUUGAGGAUAUACCAAACAAGGGUGAUGAAAAGCGACGACUCUUAGUGAGAACAUGUAGUGCAAUGCCAAGCAUCGCAGUUCUCCCCAUGGCCUAUGUGUCGUGGGCUUAAUUGGACCUGGUACUGCAUGCCGGUUCAAGUCAAUGAAAGAAAUAAAGCUCAUGAACAUUGUUCCCCGAAAA